CUGGUUUCUGAUUGGCUGACAUUUUCCAAUUAAAUUAGACAACAAUCUUUGCAAAAUCAGCCCAUUCCUUGUCAAAUCGCGUUAAGAUAUGACACUUAUGCUACAUAUGAAAGAUAAAGAGGUCAAUCCUACAUAAAAUCAACUAACUACAGGGAGAAAAGUCGUAAAUUUUAGAUGAAAAGGAAUGACGGAGUUAGCAGACAGAUUUUUAGUUCAGCUAAUUAAGGACAGAUGGCAGCACCAAUGAAUGUAAAUUGUCCUUGCUUCACUCAUGCACAUUGUAUUUGGACAUCUGAUCACGACCAGGAAAGAAAGUCUACACUCAUUGUUUAUUUCUCAAUUAGUAUUUUACAAAAAUGUCGUCUUUCUUGCACUAUAACAAGUCAAAAGUGAUCAUAACCGCAGCGAUAUGCACAGCACCUCUACUGGCAAAUUGGUGGGGCAAAAAUGUUGUCGUUUUCGCCUCCGAGGGCUCUGGUCAACUGUCACCAAUUCACGAAUUUCGACAAGAAUUGAUUGAUUCCAUUCCACGAUUAAAAAAAACGCCGACCGACAGAAAAUAUUCAGUGGCGCCACCUAUGGAGGAUCUGACAUUGAAACAUGUGCAAAUUUUCUUCCGACACGGGGCGAGGACACCCGUGCGGCAAUGGCCUAUUAUAGAACAGGUGACAUGGGAUAAGGAUGUGUUACAAUGUGGAGUCCCUUCAACCCAGAUCAAAUAUAAUCGGAAGUAUUUGGACGGAACGCCCUGUGCAGAGUAUGGACACGUGGAGACAAUACUGAGAAGUUUUGUUUUUAAGGGUGGCAUCCAUGGAGGCCAGCUCACCGAUCUGGGUCACAGGCAGUUACAUCAGCUAGGGCUUGAGAUCAGGAGAAGGUACAUGGAGGAGAGGAAACUAGUGCCGGAAAUCUAUCAAAAAGAAUCUAUCCAUGCCAGAUCAACAAAUCUAAUGAGGACAAUAGAAUCAACCAAGUGUGUCCUCGCCGGCUUGUUUGGGCGAGAAUCUUUGGAGGAGAACGAAGUCGUACCAGAUAUCAUGGUUGCCAAAGACAGUGAUGAAUUCCUCUAUAUUCCGAAUAUAAACGCAUGCCAGGUCAUCAACGAGAUGGUGAAAGGCAACGUCUUCAAAUUACCUUCUCUGAAAGGCGAACGGGCACUCCGGGAAGAGGUUAUGAAGAGAUUAGGCUUGGAUACAGCUCAUCAUCAUAUCCUGAGAGGUCUGAUGGAUGAGUUUAACUGUAGAAAGGCACAUGGUUUUCCGAUGCCAGACACCGUAAAGGACCUCGUCCCCAUGAUCAUAGAGAUGGGGAGAAAGAUGUUCAGAUUACAGUGGAAGAACGAUGAUAACGACAAGUGUUUGUUGAUGACUGUUGGUCCAAUUUACAACAUGAUCUUUGAAAACAUGGACAGUGCAUCCUGUCAUCAGGAUAACACAGCCAAGAUGCACCUGUUCGGUGUUCAUGACUUGACGUUAUUGCCGAUGCUGCUUUCAUUAAAAGUGAUCACCAUUGACGACAGCCACUGGCCGGGUUACGGUGAGAAUAUCAACUUUGAAUUGUACGAGGAUAAAUCUGGUGCCCAUUGGGUUAGGAUACUGCAUGGGGACAAGGAGAUCACUCUCCCAAAUUGCGAGGCUGCCAUCUGCCGCUACGAACAAUUCAAACAAGAACUCUCACAUCUUACGCUGACAAUUCCGCAGUAUCGAUGUUUAUGUGAUGGAAAAAUACCCUCCAGUUUGAAAGGUCGCUGUGUUGUACCUGGGGAGAGGAAAAUAGCGGGCCAACUGUUGACUCUGCCUGCGAAGGAAGGAAAACCAAUUCCUGCAUCGAUAUAAACAUGGUGCUCAGCUCAUCCCGCACGUCAAUUAGUGAUAUAGGACUGUUCCAAUCAACUCAGUAUUCAUUUAUAAUCAGGUUGUGUGCUUUUGUGGUAUAAUCAAAAUAUUAAUGUGAUUGAAAUACACUGUGAUUCAUCAGAUAACAU